CGUGGUUCCUGACCCGGGGAGGCCGGCAGCUUCCUCCUGGUUGCCAUGGCCACGGCCGCGGCCCGCGGCCCUGUGCGAGCCGGGACGCCGGGCCAAGCGCGCGAGCGCAUUCCGUCCAGCCCCGCCGAUCAAAGCAGCUGUCAAGGGCGGAGGGAAGGCUGCGCGCCGCGGCCGGCCUUGGAGGGGCCCCCGCCGGCCUCGCCCCGGGACUCGCCCCGCGAUGUGUGUGCUCGGGACGUGGCGCCCCCGCCCGCGGAGGAUGGCGCCCCCUGCCGGCCGCAGCCUGCUGCUGCUGGGCGCGCUGGGCGCCCUGGCGCUGCCCGCGGGGGCGCAGGCCAACAGCACCCUCAUCCUCAGCCGGGAGGACUCGCUCCGCAACUGCAGCUGCCCGGCCGACGUGCGGGACUGCGACUACAGCCUGGCCAACUUGCUGUGCAGCUGCCACAGCGCGCGGCCGCUGGCGGCCGAGCGCGGCAGCUACUCGGGCCGCCUGACCAUCUGGUUCACGGACGCGACGGCGCUGGGCGCGCUGCUCAACUUCACGCGCGUCGGGGACCUGAAGCUGGCGCUGUGCGGCCCGCGCGGGCUCCCCACGCGCUACCUGGCCGUGUGCGGCCUGCGGCGCCUGCGCGUCGGCGCCCCCCGGCCCUCCCCCGAGCAGAGCCUGCUGCUGGCGCACGCCGCCCCCGGGGCCCGGCCGGCCGCCUGCCUGUCCGUCUCCUUCCUGGACACGGCCCUGUUCAACCGGGACUCGGCCCUCAAGUCCUACAGCGUGGAGAGCGUGGCCGGCCCCGCCGACGGCUUUCCGCGCCUCUCCCUCCUGAACGCGCUCCCCGCGCCCGGCAACCAAAGCUACGUGAUCACCUUCAUCUACUGACCGGCCACCCCGAGGCCCAAUUGAGGAGGGGCUUCAGGUCGUUGUUUUGGCUUGAGGGUCUCACCCAGCGGUGUUCAUCCUGGCAGGAUGCUGGUGAUGGAACCCUGGUCGGCUGUGUGCAAGGCAAGCACCCUAACCAUUGCACUGUCACUCUGGCCCUCCUGGCUCCAACUUGGGCCAAACUAUGCACCAUCUCCACGAAGAAGAAGCGGAGGAAGUGAGCCUGGGGAUCCCCUCUGGCCACCUGCCCUUGCCUGGACCCCAAGCCCCCAAGCCCCACCUAGGAACAACCACCUGCCACUUGCUUCUCGUCCAGGCUUGGAGGCUAUUUGGAAAAAAAAGCAAAUGAAGAACCUUAGUACUAUGGGGAGGGCGUUCGCCUUGCACGCGGCCAUGUGGUCCCCCCAGCAGCGCCAGGAGUAAUUCCGGAGUGCAGAGCCAGUAACCCCUGAGCAUCGCUGGGCGUGACCCAAAAAGCUAAAUAAAUAAAUAGAAAAAAGAAAAGAGAAAGAAGAAACCAGGGCCAGAGAGAUAGUACAGUGGAGGUGUUUACCGUGCAUCUGGCCAAGCCUGGCUUAUCCCCAGCAUCACACAGGGUCCCCCUGAGCAGAAGUGACCCCUGAGCACAGAGCCCCUGAUCACUGCUGGGAGUGCCCCACAAGCAAAGAAACCGGAGAAGAAACCAUCAGAUACACCAAGUGGGUUCCAGCCAGAAACGUGUCUUCCCAGCCCAUCAGAGGCACAUCUUGGCUAUGGGUAAUUGGGGAGGGGGGGGGUAGGUUUGCCACGGGGAAAGGAGGGGAGAGGAGGGUAGAAGGAAUAGCAGAGGGAAUAAAGCACUUCUCUUGCAUGGGCCGAGCCCACUCUGAUCCCCAGUACCACAUAAGGUCUCCCCGAGCACCCCAGAGGGAGAAGUUCUGAGCACUGCCAGGUCUUACCCCCAAACCGAAACAAAGACAGAAAGAAACAGAGCAGAGGCUGGGGGCAGCUAAGCGGCCUGAUGAAGAAGCAUCCUCCCUCCCGAAUGCAUCUGCUGUUACAGCAGGGAGGGCGCUUGCCUUGCACACAGUUGACCCAGGAUCAAUCCCCGGCACCCGAUAUGGUCCCCCGAGGCUGCCAGGAGAGACCCCUGAGUGCAGAGCCAGGAGCAAGCCCUGAGCACCACCAGGUGUGGGCAGGCAUCUGCUCUUAAGAGCCCGCCUUAACCGGCUUUUUCUGCUUUGUUCUGCUUCUUUUUGUUCCCCGACUGUCUGCCCCCCCACCCCCCUGGCAAGGGAACAAUCCAUUUCAGUGCCCCGGAAUGCCCAGGCAUUUCUCGAAUCUCUGGCUCAGACGAGGCCUGGAGUAAAGGGAGCUCAGAGACUGUUGGUUAGGAGGGGAGGAUGGAAGCCUGGAGGCCGAAGGGCUGGGGGAUGCGGUGCAAGUGAGGGCACCAGAGUUCCCAGGAGGGCGGAGGGAACAAUCAGGGCCGUGGGUGGAGUGCUUGCUUGCCUUGCAGGCAAAAGCCCUGGCUUCCAGCCCGGCACAAGCACCACCACCACCAACACACACACACACACACACACAAAAAAAAAAAAAAAGCAUAAAAAUUAUUUUUAAAGAAGUCAUCAUUUUUGUUACUUUGGUGUUUGUGCCAUACUCAGUGAUGCUAGGACUUACUCCUGCAUCUGCGCUCAGGGAUCACUCAUGGCAGUGCUCAGGGGACCAUAUGGGAUGCCAGAAUCGAACGUAGGUCCGCUGUGUGCAAGGCAAAUGUCCUACCCACCAGACUAUUGCUCUCAUCCCCCAAAUAAUUUUUGUAAUAACACACUUGCUUCCUACUCCUCCCUCUUCCCAGCACCUGAUACAAAAAGAAAACAACAAGAACAAUAACCCCUCCCAAUUUGCACAUUUCAGGAGCUGCAGAAACAAUAGAGGGGUUAAGGCAUUUGGCUUGCAUGCAGCUUUCCUGGUUUGAAUUCCCAGCAACACCAGCCGCUGCUCCUGAGCACAGAGCCAUGAGUAGCCCUGUGCAUGCGGUCUGCUGGGUGUGGCCCAAUCCCAGUUAUGUGUCUAUCUGUACCUCAAAGUUUGGUUUGAGCAAGGCCUCAACAGGGGGGCGGGGGGGGGGGGCUUGUCCUCUUCCGGCUCUCCUCCAUUUCCGUCUCUUUUAUUUAUGUAUUUAUUUAUUUAGCUACCUUCUCUCUUGGUCCUUUGCGCCACUUCCCCUACAUCCCCUCUUAUCGUCUCAUCCGCUCCUCUGCCUCCAGCGUCAGAAAUUAGAACCGAGAUCAGCCACAUCAGAACCUCAGGCCGGGAGGUAGUAGAGGAAGGAAGGCACUUGCCUCGCAUGCGGCCACUUCGAAUUCCCCGCACUUAUGGUCGCCUGAGCACCACCAGGGGUCACUCUUGAGUAUGGAGCCAGGACUAGGCCCUGAGCCCUGGUAGUGUGACCCAACCUCCCUCUGCACUCCAACACACUCUGCACCCCAACACCCUCUCACCCCAAUACUACCACAACCAAUAAUUGCCUGGCCAAUUACAAAUCACCUCAACACUGUGCCAGUGGCUAAUGAGGAGCCACCAUUGCUAGGAGACAAAAGAACUUUAGAUUCACAAAAGAACUUUAGAGUUCAGUCUGUUAAGCCUGCAGAGUUCAGGGGACUGGAGCCACAGGACAGUGGGUAGGAUGUUUGCCUUGCAUGCAGCCAACCCUUAGGGCUCACCCAGGAGUGACCCCUGAGCACAGAGCACAGUGACCCCUGAGCACCAUCAUUGUGGUCCCUAAAUUAGGAGGGUGGGAAAUCCUGCAAAGUUCAAGACACACCACAUCACAUGCUUCCUGUGUGGAACUGAGGUAAGAGACUUGGUAAAAUUUGGUCCAAGUUACACUGACUUGUCUUUGGACAAAGUCCCUAGACACCCAACAGAUCCUUAAAGUGGAGACCAAGGAAUCCCUGGAGACAGUACGAACUGUUGACACUCAGCUUGUACGAAGUUGGGACCACGAUCACACUCAUAAUACAAUAAUGACACGAAAUCAUUUUAUCACAAAAUAGCAUCAUAUCCUGGGGCAGGUGAUUUUUAGAUCAUGCUUGCCCGCCUCCCCCUCUCCACUCCCCCCCUCCACACUCACUCACACACACCCCUUUUUUUCUCUCCUAACAUUAACACCAGAUAACUGGAAGAACUUGCAAUGUGUACAUUUGCUUAAUUGGAGGGGGAUUUUGGAGGUUCAGGCUAAUUAGCAUGAAUUCACAAUGGCAGUUUUUAAAUUAGGCCAGAAUUUAGCCCAAAGUAUGGAUUUUAAUAGAACCAAAAGUACAGAAUGACCUCAUUGCUGUCAAUGGCACUUGAGAGAAAUGAUGAAAAUGUUAAAAAGAAAAAGAGAGACAGAGACAGAAAGAGAAGGGCAAAAAAUUUGGUGAUCAUUUGGGGGCUGGAGUGAUAGCACAGCGGGUAGGGCGUUUUCCUUGCACGUGGCCGACUUGGGUUCGAAUCCCAGCAUCCCAUAUGGUCCCCUGAGCACCGCCAGGAGUAAUUCCUGAGUGCAGAGCCAGGAGUAACCCCUGUGCAUCACCGGGUGUGACCCAAAAAGAAAAAAAUUUUGGUGAUCAGGCAGGCCAGAGGGCUUGGAGGGAAAAGAAUAACAUUUAUUGCCAUCCAUGACCAAAAUCUAAUCCAAUUGCAUUGUAAUAAAUUUUUAUUAGUAGAGUAAAAACAAAUCAAAUGAUUCCAGAAAUAAGGUACCUUGAGAUGGAUCUCUGGAGAGUUUCAGAGUUCUUUAACAGAUUUUAUUUAUUUUGGAGGGGCCACACCCAGCAGAGCUCUUGGGGGCUACACCCGGCUCUUCACCAGAAAUUGCUUCCAGUGGUGCUUUGUGGGUCAGUAUGAUAACAGGGAUCAAAUCCAGGCCUCCUGUGUGCAGUGCGCAUUCAAUCCGUUGUACUCCCUCUCUCUGGCCCUGUCCUCUGACCUUUAACAUGUCAAUGAUUCAUACAGGAAACCAUUGUGUGGGUCGUGGACUUAACAGAAGAGGAAAGUGAAGUCAGAUGCAAAUCAAGCCUAAGGAUAUCAGAUUCCUGUGCUUGAAAAGAGGAAGGAGUAGAGAAAAGUCACAGCAUAUCUGGGUGGGGUCAGAGGAGGACAUGGCAUCAGGAGCUCAGCUGCAGGGUUGGGGACGAUGGGGAGAGGGGUGAGAAACUGAGGAAAUGUAGAGGGUGACAGUAGGCCAGCACUUUGCACUGGGUGUUACCAUGGCAGAGGACAAUGGGGUCAAGUGAUUCACGGAGAGGCUCAGGAGCCGCAGGGUGUGAAGGGAACGCUCCCCACCUGUCCACAUGGGCCGAAUUGUCAAUGCUUGUUGUUCGCUGCUUUAAAUAACCUGUGUGGGUCUGACCAUUGUGAGCACACCCCCACCUAGCCUGGGAAAAGUCAUCUGUCACCUCUGAAUGGAACAAAGUUGAACUUCUAGCAUUAAACAACAAAAUCUUUUUUUUUCCCCAAAAAGGAUAUUAUCAGGGCUGGAAAGAGAGACAGAGACAGAGAGACAGAGAGACUGAGAGAGACAGAGACAGAGAGACGGAGACAGAGAGACAGAGAGACAGAGACAGAGAGACAGAGACAGAGACAGAGACUACAGGGAUUAAAACACUUGCCUUGCAUGAAGCUGAUCCCAGUUCAGCUCCCAGCACUGUAUAGAAUCCCCUGUUCAUAGUCGCCAGGAGUGAUCCUGAGCCCAGAGCCCAGAGUAAGCCCUAAUUACUGCCAGGCAUGGCCCCCAAACAAAAAGUACAUCCAUAUUUAAACCAUAAACAUGAAACAAAAUGUAAUUCUAUUAUCUGAAUAUUUACUAUUUACUAAUUAUUUACUAAUAAUAUGUAUUAUUAAUAAAUAAUACAUAUGUGUACACACAUGUAACAUGUCUGAGAUAGGUGCUUAUAUUGGUUGUAAAUGUUACUGAUAUAAAGUUGUAUAGCAAACUAACAAUGAUAAUAAAAUAUGUAGCACAUGUUAUUACCAACUCUAUGAGCCCGAUUAUUUCCCCGAGACUGCUUUAUUUACUUCUUGCCAAACUCUUUGAAAUCCAAAGCUGGCCUGGUGUUGUAACUGAUGAAAAAACAUUGUCCUGGCAUUAUUAUUGGCUGAUUAUUGCCCCCAGUGUCAGGAGUGAGACGAGAGUGCCACAGGAGAAAUCUAUGUGGGAGCGUCACUUGUCAGCCCAAGAGGUAAGUAACUCCUCUGCAGAAUCCAAUGACCGUUUUCAAGUGCAGGAGGGACUGUUCGUUCGGCUUGUGGGAAAGACUCAAACACUGAGGACCAGAGGAAGGGUUUCAUUUGAAUGGUCAGUGUUCUCUUUCUCACACUUAAUGAAGCAGAGAGUGUUUUCCCACUUCAGUGUUUCAAAUACUACCAUUUUUACUGCUGUCAAGUUAGCUGCCACAAGCAGAGAGCUGAAAAAGGGUGCCCACUGACAGAUUAGAUAGAAAGAUAGACAGAGAGAUAGAAUAUUUGUCCUAGAAUGCAACUACCACAAAGAACAUCAGCAUAAGCGAGAGUAAAUUGUAGCAAAAUGAUUAAAGAGUUUUGAGGAUUAAUUAUGUGGGGGUUGGAUGCAAUUUAUUUAAGCAGAUAGAACGCAAUUUCUCCAGAUUGGCUGUGUCUAGCAAGGAGCUUGCAGUAAUAGUCCACUCUCAUGAGCCACACAAGGUUGGCCCAGCAGCCAUUCUGCUGAGCCCCAGGUAGAAAGAAAUGUCGAAGGAAGGAAGAGGUCACUUGUUCUAUUUCAACGUAAUAAACAGUGUUGAAAACCACAUUAAAGAUUGGAAGGAUUCACACCAAAAUAUUAAGCAUUGAACCUGGCUGACAGUGAUUAUCUUUUUCUCUGUCUUCACUUUCUACAAACUUUUUUACUAAACAUA